GGGCUCCCGUGUCGGAGCAGCUGCUUUGCAGGAGAGAAGCCCCCUGGAGAGGGCAGUUUUGCAAAGGGGCAGCGGUGGAAGGGAGCAUGCGUGGGGCUGCACCCCCCAAUUCAGUCCCGAAAGAGCUGUGGGGAGAGCAAAGGGCCUCGAGCGGUGCAGGGGCGUCCCAGGAGGAGAGCAAGGCAAGAAGGCAAGGCGGGGGCGGGAGAGGCAGUUGUGGGGUGGAGUAGGAACCCCCCCCCCCCAAGGAAAGGAGGCAGGAUGGCUCGGAGGAGGAGGAGGGAGGCAUGGAUGUUUUGGAGAAAGGGGUCAAUUCUGGGUAGGGAGGGCAGGAUUAGGCCAGUGUGGGUGUUCCCUGGAGCUUGGAUCGGGCGCUGUCUGCCUGCUGAGGAGAUGCUCUGUCCCUUGAGCUACAGCCCCUUCCCCUAAUGUGGGGUUGGGGGAGGAGGAGGGAUGGAGGGAGGCAGCCCUGUCACAGCUCCAGGAUGGCAGAGAGGAAAGGAAGGGGAUAUUUUUAAGGGCGGUGGGAGGAAGAUCCUCAUUCCUGCUUGACUCCACUGUCCUCGCAUGGUGGGGUUCAGGAGGGGGGAGGUUCUCUUUUACCAAGAAAAUUGUAAGUGGGAGCUCCACACCAAGGCUGGGUUAUCAUUCACCAGCAAAUUGUCUUUGGCAGGAAAAUGCCAGCAGGGGCUCUGAGGCUCCCUAUCCUUCUUCCUCCCUCCCAGGAACUUGCAGCUUCUGAGCUCCUUGGGGAGGUUGAAAGAGGCUGAUCCUGCAAACCUAGCGAGGAUGGAAGGAGGAAGAUGGACAGUUGACCUGGUUAGGCUGUUUCCCACAACCUCUGACUGUUCUCUCCCAGGACCCUCAGAGAGAUCUGCUCCUCAGGAAGGAUGAAAGAGGCUGAUCCUGCAAACCUGGCGAGGACGGAAGGAGGAAGGUGGACGGUUGACCUGGUCAGGCUGUCUCCCACAACCUCUGACUGUUCUCUCCCAGGACCCUCAGAGAGAUCUGAGCUAGUGAGGAUGGAAGGGGGAAGAUGGACGGUUGACCUGGUCAGGCUGUCUCCCACAACCUUUGAAUGUUCCCUCCCAGGAUCCUCAGUGGGAUCUGCAGGUGAUGAACAGGACAGUCAUCGUACUCUGGUCUCAUCAGAAAGUAAAUCUAGCUUCAACUCACACUGCAUAAUCCACACAGAGGAGAAACCAUGUAAAUGCUUGGUGUGUGGAAAGAGCUUCAGUGACAGCUCAGGCCUAAAAUCACAUGAAAGAAUUCACGCCGGACAGGAAUCAUACAAAUGCUUACAAUGUGGAAAGGGUUUCAAUCACCACUCAAACCUUAAAAGACAUCACAAAGUCCACUCUGAGGAGAAACUGUAUGCCUGUUUUGAGUGUGGGAAGAGAUUCAGUCGCAACAGAAACCUUACACAACAUCAUAAAAUUCACACAGAGGAGAAACCGUAUACCUGUUUUGACUGUGGAAAGACCUUCCGUCACAGCUCAAGCCUUACAUGCCAUCAAAAAAUCCACACAGGGGAGAAGCCAUAUAAAUGUUUGGAGUGCGGAAUGAGCUUUGCUCACAGCUUGAGCCUUACAUCUCAUCUAAGAAUUCACACCGGAGAGAAAUCAUAUAAAUGUUCAGAGUGUGGAAGGAGCUUUGCUCACAGUGCUAGCCUUACUUCACAUAAGAGAACCCACACAGGGGAGAAACCAUAUAAAUGCUUGGAUUGUGGAAAGAGCUUCAGCCAGAGUUCACACCUUAGUUCACAUAAGAGAACUCACAGUGGUGAGAAGCCGUAUAAAUGCUUUGAGUGUGGGAAGAGCUUCACUCAGAGUUCACACCUAACUGUGCAUGAGCGAAUCCACACAGGAAAAAAACCAUAUAAAUGUGUGACAUGUGGAAAGAGCUUUAGUAACUGCACAUACCUUGUUUGCCAUCGCAGAAUCCAUACAGGAGAGAAGCCAUAUAAGUGCUUUGAAUGUGGAAAGAGCUUCAGCCAGGGUACAAGCCUUAGUAUACAUCAAAAAAUCCACAGAGGUGAAAAACCGUAUGAAUGUUUUGAGUGUGGAAAGAGCUUCACUCAAAGCGCAACCCUUGCAUCUCAUCAAAAAACUCACAGAGGGGACAAGCAGUAUGCAUGUUUUGAGUGUGGGAAGAGCUUCAUUCACAGCUCAAGCCUUACAUCUCAUCAAAGAAUUCACACAGGGGAGAAACCAUAUAAGUGCUUUGAGUGUGGAAAGAGAUUUGCACAUGGAUCUACACUUACUUCUCAUAAAAGAACUCACAUGGGAUAAACUGUAUGUAUACUUGGAAUGUGGAAUAUAUUUGGUCAGAUUUCACAACUCAUUUUGCAUAAGUCAAUCAAGAGGAGAAAAAUAUUUAGAUGCUAGUAAUGAGGAAAGCACUUUAAUUAGGGCACCGAUGUUGCUAAACGUCAUGGAAUUCAUACAAGAAUUCACAUGGGAGAAAUAAUACACCUGCUGUCACGAGGGUGCAGAAUAAUAAAAAGUACAAAAAUACAGAUACUAUAGACGUUAAUGGAUAAAGGAAUAAAUUCACAAUAAACAA